UUACUAUGUCCUAAUAACAUGCACAUUUACCUGAUGUGAAAUGCUAAACAAGUUACUGAGAUGAAUACUUGAAUUAUCAGUUAUAAACCGCAACCUGCUUGGCUUCUGACAACAACAGACAAAGCAACAGACAAACUGAAAUGUUUGACUAUAUGACGCAAAAGGACGUGCGACGUAACAUUAAGAUAAUUAAAAACUGUCACAAAUUCUACAACAGGCCUACAACGAUUUUUGAGAAUUGUUAAGGUUGUACAGUUGGAAAAGCCAUUUAGAAUCUGAUUCUAGCCUAUUACUACCUACUUGCGUCGGAAUAAUAGUGACAGCGUUCUAAUCUUAACCUGAGAUAUAAAUAGUUUUACUAACACGGAUUUGGUAUUAUGGCGAAGAUUUAUCUCAUGAAUAUAAAGUACGUUGCUUCACGGGCGCCCAGUAGGCGUAAUCGCGGUAAGUGGGCGUUUAUUUUUCCUACCAUUGCAAAGGCUCUGCUCAUGAAUAUUAAUUAAGUUACGUGACUAGAAGCUACGUCAAUGUAACCUUAUUAAUAUUCAUAAGUUAGCCAACACGACUCUACUGAGAUCUGAAACAACAACAAGCCGAGCAGCCAAUCAAAAAGAGGCGCUAGUCACAGUCGCUCUACCCCGUGCAAAGAGGAGGACAGAGCUGAUGCAAACAUGCCUGAAGUUCCCUGCAGAGAAGCCGAGUACUCAGAUAAUACUCCCAAGAAAAGAAAGCGAGAGGACGUCGACGAUUUUUCUGAGAAAAAGAAAUCGCGCUGGGGUAUUUUGAUUAGUCAAGGUUCAUGGGCGGAUCGUUCUCCACUCCAUGAAGCUGCAUGUCAGGGUCGACUUCUGGCGCUCAAGACUCUUCUCUCACAGGGUUACAGUGCAAAUAUCAUCACUAUUGAUCAUGUGACUCCACUGCAUGAAGCUUGUCUGGGAGAUCACGUAGCAUGUGCCAGGGCUCUCAUAGAAGCUGGUGCCAAUGUGAAUGCCACGACCAUUGAUGGCGUGACCCCGCUGUUUAACGCCUGCUCAGCAGGAAGUGUCACUUGCACAGAGGUGCUUUUGGAACAUGGAGCAAAACCACAGGCAGAAGAGUGCCAGCCUUCACCGAUUCAUGAGGCCUCCAGCAAAGGCCGAGCAGCAUGUAUAGAGUCUCUCAUCUCGUGGGGAGCAGAUGUAGAUUAUGACAUCCCUCAUCUAGGAACACCUCUCUACAUUGCCUGUGUCUCCCAGCAGCUCCAGUGUACACAGAAACUUCUGGAUGGAGGAGCAAAUGUGCAGAAGGGCCGUUUCCUGGACACACCACUGCAUGCUGCAACACAGAAGGACUGUCCAGAAAUCAUCAGUGUGCUACUAGACUUUGGCGCUAACAUCAAUGCUCGCAACCUGGAACUACAAAGGCCGAUAGAAACAGCGCCACCCAGCAGUGCAGCAGAGGCUGUGCUUCUUCUUUAUGAGGCCAUGCCGCGGUCUCUCUGUCAGCUGUGUAGACUGAGUAUCCGAAACUACAUGGGCCGACCCAGACUGCAUCUGAUUCCAAACCUCAAACUGCCUACUCUGCUCAAGAGUUUCCUCCAGUACAGAUAGGUUCUGUACCUCAAACCAUAAAGCCCCUCCUGCUUUUAUUUUCUUAUAUAAAGUGCAUUAAUACACAAAAAGGUCACUCAGUCUUGUAUGUGACCACCAACGCACAGAAAGCAAAAUCAUGCUAGCCAUUCAUUUAACUUCUUCUAAGUUAAAAUGUUUUUUUUAAUUGAUAUAUUUUUUGUGCAACCAAUAUCAGUUAUAUUUUUGUAUAAAAUAUCUUAACAAGAUUAAUGUAAAUUAGUCAUUUUUAACCUGCACAUUCUCAGCUUAGCAGUAUAAGCUGCAUGCCUAAUAUUAUACACUUAUCACGUCAGGAUAAAAUUAUUGAAGUGCAUGUCAGUAUAGUGAAUUUUAUAUUUUUAUCAAAGUAAUCUAAAAACAAACAAAAAGAAAUGUCAAAAGCUCAACUCAACUUUCAACAAAAUCAUUAUUUUCACAGUUUCCCAAGUUAAUUGCAUCCUGAACUGAACUGUUUUGAAAAUUAAAUGGAAAACCACUGGAAAGAUUCAAUCUAAUACUGUACUUUGGCUUAACAUUUUGUUGCUAAAACAAAGCAUGAUACACACAGUAACUGGCAUAGAAAUAAAUAAUAGAAUGUGAAAUUU